GUUGACUCAACUUGAUAAUUUUCACGGAAUUGUAAUUAGUCAGUUUGUUGAAAGAUUUAAUUUUUCGUUGGCCUUGAUCGGUACUGGCGUACUGACACACCAGACGGACAAAUUCAAGUGGUCCCAUGUCAGUUCUGGUGACAUACGAGUCCCGUCAUUGAUUUUACACGUUUUUACAUCAAUUUUUGCAUAAUUUUCGAGUGGUUUUCACCCCCGUAGUAUAAAAAUGGGUGCUAGACAGUCCAAGAGGUCGGUGGACAUUACGACAACCCCCAAAAAGGGCGAAGAGGUCGCCGUUGAGGGCGAGGGCAAGGUGGAAAAGAUCGCCGAAAUCGACAAAGUCACCACGAACGGUGCCAUACACAGCGAAAUUGAAUACGCCGAUAAAGACGAAAGUACCAAAGACGAGACCGAAACGGCCGAAAUCAAAGAAAACGGCGUUUCGGAAUCGGAAGAUGCGAAAACACCAGAGGGCGAUACAACGGCGGCCGGCGAUCAGUUGAACGAAUCGGAAAAAUCGCCGACAUCGGCUGACGACAGCAAAGUCGAAGAAACGCCCGAAAGUAAGAAGAGUAAAGAGAAAUCGAAAAAGAAAAAAUGGUCGUUUAGAAGCAUAUCAUUUUCGAAGAAGGACAAAUCGAAACCGAGCAAGGAUUCGGACAAGAAUGGCGAUGUUAAAGAAGUUGCUGAAGAGAACGCCGCCGCCGAGGAGACCCCCACCUCCCCACCGUCUGAAGGCCCCAAGCCCGAAGAGGCGAAAACCCCUGAAACAGCCGCGGCCCCAGCCGAAGCAGCCGCCCCCGUCACUCCUGUAACUGAAACGCCCGCCCCCAAAUCAGCCCCCGAACCUGAACCCGUAGCCGCCCCCGAAGAGGUCAAACCGCCGGUCGAAGAACCACCCAAACCGGUGGAAGAACCACCAAAGCCAGUCGAAGAACCACCGAAACCGGUUGAAGAACCACCCAAACCGGCGGCGGUUGAGGAAGAGCCCCCAAAACCAGAGGAAGUGUCUCCAGUGGUGCCCCCAGCGCAGCCGGAAGCCCCCGAACCCGCCCCUUCUUCUCCCGUCAAACAGCAGGAGGAGGAGGAAACGAAAGAGGUGCGUAGUACCGAAGAGGUCCCCCCGCCUUUGCCCUCCUCGAACCCCCCCAGUCCGGUGACGGUGUUUGCCGAGUCGACUAAAGCCGAUCCGGAACCGGAGGAAGAGAAGGUCGCUUCUCCCGUCGUGGAGGAGUGUCCUCUUUCGCCUCCGGUUCCCGUCGAGGAGGCAGCCGCUCCGGUCGUCGAACCCGCCGAUUCCCUUCCGGAUAUCUCGACGGAGUCGCUCCCUUCGCUCCCGGAACCCGUGUCCGAUAGUCUCCCGGAACCAAUGUCUCUCCCGCCCGUUGAAUCGUUACCGGAACCGAUCGCGACCACGGAAGAGACUCUUCCUCCAGCACCUCCAUCCCCCCAACAACAACCACAACAGCAAAACGAAAUUAUUCUCACCAAUGGAAACACGAAUGGGCUGCCGUCACCAAUCAGCACCGACGAUAAGCUGCCGCCCCCGGUAGAAGGACCAAUCAAACAGGUUCCGGUCGAGCCGGUGUCAGAGAGCACAACAGCCGAAAAGCCAAUCGAAUCCAUCCCCGGGACAGUUGAGGAAUAAGUUUUUCUUUGAAAUAAAUGUUUUUAUACAUGUAUAUGAACUAUUAUUACAAGUUAAAAUUAAAAAAGUUAACGGAUCAUUCCUGGCAGUGACCGUGGUUCGACCAAAAGAAGAAAAACAAAACUGCCAUUUAAAUUAGAGUUCUUUAGAAAUAUGGAUGUCCACAGCGCAAAAAUGGGAAUAGUUGAAAAAUUUAAUACUCGUAUAUUAACUAUUUUAUAUUAAUGUUUAGUGGAGUUUUGGACAGUUUUUAUAUGUCGUUAAGGCGACCUUUUUAUCGUAUACAAUUGUAAAAUACAAGAAUUUAGCGUAGUUUAGUGUUUAGAUGGCCUGCAUUGUUUAUUAAAAUUCUCUGUACACCUUCACGAUUGUUUGAAUAUAGUUUUUUAUUCGCCGUAUUUAUAUUUUCUCAAACAUGCUUUCGUAGCUUUAGUGACAUAUCUACCAAAAAGUCUGUAUUGGCACGCUUGAAAAGCGCCGUUCGAUUUUUUGACCGAAAUUGUAUAAAUUCAUUGAUGUGUAGCGGUAGGAAUGGGCUGUCUUAGUAUACGGUGUGCUUCAUAUGUUUCAGCGGCGGCUGCGCCCACAUUUCGACUUGAAAUUGUACAUUUUACAACGAAAUUGUUCGGUGUUUCCAAAUUUUAAUGAACUAGCUUAUAGGUUUUGAACGGAAUUUAGUUUUGAUUUUUCGCCAACUCGAAACUAUAUUCUUCACAGCUCUUUGAUAUUUCGUCAUUAUUACUCAUCGACUUAUCAAAAUGGCUGUGUGUAGGUAAUACAGACUUCAUGUAAGUGUGAAUGUGUUUAUAAUAUAAAUAUAUAAAUAGGAUGUUU